GAGAGUUAAGGUUGAGACAAAGAGGGAGAACUUUCAGAGUUCUAAGACUAUGAGAAAUGAGAAUGGAUCCCACCAGGAAAUUUUCUUUUUGUUUUUUCUAAGGUAAUUUCAUAAACAUUUCCCAAAAAUGUUGUAGUCUCACCAUUUGUUUUUACAAUAUUCAUUUCUGCCAAAGACAAGCCAUGCCUUUGAUAUCCAAUCAUACAUACAACGACUCUUCAUAAACAAAGCGUCUUUGAGUUUUUGUUCCUCUAAAAAAUAUCGCUUUACUUUGAAAGUAAAGACUUUCAGGAUUUGGUUCUUUGAACGGGAGGAAAGCAGAAGUUUUAGAGAGAGAAAGAGAAUGAAAUGAUUUUGAUUCGAUUCAAAGUUGAGUCUGAGUUUUAGAAACAGAAAGUUGAAUUGGGUAGUGUCAAAUUGUACUGAUUAAAUUCUUUGAUAUUAAUCAUGGCUAUAGUGAGUCAUGUACCAGCAAUGACACAAAAGAUGGAUCCAAAAAGGUAUCGUGACAUUGGGGUGCCAGAAAUCAUGUCAAUCGGAAGAGAGAUCGUCAAGGAACCGGUGGCACGUUUAAUUGAAGAUAAGAUUUAUGUUGCUGUGGGCAAACAAGUGAAAGAAAGCAAACUAGUUCUGUUAUGGGCUUUACAGAACUCAAGAGGAAAGAGAAUUUGCAUAAUUCAUGUUCACCAACCCGCCCAAAAGAUUCCAGUUAUGGGACUAGGUACAAAGCUUCCGGCAAGCUCAGUUAGUGAACAGGAAGUUCGGACAUACAGGGAAUUUGAAAGGCAAGAGAUGCAUAAGAACCUGGAUGAGUACCUUCUGAUCUGUCAAAGAAUGGGGGUGCGGGCAGAAAAGCUACUUAUUGAAAUGGACUCUAUCGAGAAGGGAUUAGUUCAGUUUAUCUUGCAGUAUGGGAUCAAGAAGCUUGUAAUGGGAGCAGCAGCAGACAAACACUAUAAGAAGAAAAUGGUGGACCUCAAGUCUAAGAAGGCCAUCUCCAUGCGCCUACGGGCACCUGCUUCUUGUCACAUAUGGUUUAUUUGCAAUGGGAACCUUAUCCACAAAAGGGAGGGCAGUUUAGAUGGAACUGAUCUAGCUGUUAGAUCUUUAUCACUGCAAACAAGUCCAAACAUUGGAACUGGACACCCACAGCACCUGAGAUCACAAUCUGUUACACUGGGCCAUAGUAGCCAAGCUAAACUCACCAAUCCAGUUCAAGAUUUUCUGAGAAGAGUGACAUCUAUGACUCUGGAUGGGAAUGGGGGUAAUGUACCAGAUGACACCGGAGGGCUGUCCACUCCAGGGAGCAGCUCUGUGGCAGAAGGGAUUUUUGAUGAAUGGGAGGGGAUACCUAGGGGGAGUCAUUCUCAGGAGUCAGUUCGCUCUUCAUGCUCUUCCAGGGGAGGGAAUGAUAUUCCACUGACUCCACUUAGGCGAACCGAGAGGAACAAGAAUGACUUCCAGUUUAGCACACUACAUGAGCCCAAAGAUUUUCAUAAUUCAUCUCCUCCAAGUGUACUGGAUGGAAGUGUUGAUGAUACUCUCUAUGAUCAUCUUGAACAAGCAAUGGCAGAGGCUGAAAAUUCAAGGCGAGAAGCAUUUGCAGAGGCAGUCAGGCGUGGGAAGGCUGAAAAAGAUGCCAUUGAGGCUAUUCGCAGGGCUAAAGCAUCUGAAAGUUUGUAUGCUGAGGCGUUGAAACAAAGGAAAGAAGUUGAGGAAGCACUAGCAAAGGCAAAGCUGGAACUUGAAAGGAUGAGGAAACAGCAAGAUGAAGUCAAUGAAGAACUUCAAAUUUCCCUGAAUCAGAAAUCAUUGCUGGAGAGUCAGAUUGCAGAAUCUGAUCAGAUGGUAAAGGAGUUGGAGCAGAAAAUCAUCUCAGCUGUUGAACUUCUACAAAAUUACAAGAAAGAACGUGAUGAGUUGCAGAUUGAGCGUGAUAAUGCUCUCAAAGAAGCUGAGGAGCUGAGGAGAAGUCGAAAGGAGGCCUCAAGCAGCACACAUCAACCUCAGUUCUUCUCUGAAUUCUCGUUCUCAGAGAUUGAGGAAGCAACUCAUAACUUUGAUCUAUCCCUGAAGAUUGGAGAAGGGGGAUAUGGAAGCAUAUAUAAAGGUAUCUUGCGCCACACCCAUGUGGCUAUAAAGAUGCUGCACUCUCAUAGCUUACAAGGCCCCUCAGAAUUUCAACAGGAGGUUGAUGUUUUGAGUAAGAUGAGGCACCCAAAUCUUGUUACACUUAUUGGAGCCUGUCCGGAGGCAUGGACACUUGUAUAUGAAUAUCUAUGCAAUGGAAGCCUUGAAGACCGACUCAGCUGAAGGGAUAAUUCUCCCCCUUUAUCUUGGCAAACUCGAAUACGCAUUGGCACUGAGUUAUGCUCUGUUCUUAUAUUUCUCCACUCUUGUAAACCUCACAGCAUUGUUCACGGUGAUCUAAAACCAGCCAAUAUUCUCCUUGAUGCUAAGUUUGUGAGCAAGCUUAGUGACUUUGGAAUCUGUCGCUUACUUUCUCAUGAUGAACUUUCAAGCAAUAACACAACGCCAUGUUGCAGAACCGACCCUAAGGGCACAUUUGCAUACAUGGAUCCUGAGUUUCUUGCUACAGGAGAACUUACUCCAAUGUCAGAUGUUUACUCAUUCGGAAUUAUUUUAUUGCGAUUGCUAACUGGAAGACCUGCCUUGGGGAUAACAAAGGAAGUUCAGUAUGCAUUGGAUACAGGAAAGUUGAAAACGCUCUUGGAUCCUUUGGCUGGAGAUUGGCCAUUUGUCCAAGCAGAGCAGUUGGCCAACUUGGCAUUGAGAUGUUGUGAGAUGAAUCGAAAAAGCCGGCCAGACCUUGAAACAGAUGUAUGGAGGGUACUUGAACCCAUGAGGGCUUCAUGUGGAGGGUCAUUAUUCAGAGUGGGUUCUGAAGAGCAUUGCCAACCUCCUCCAUAUUUUAUUUGUCCCAUUUUCCAGGAAGUCAUGCAAGAUCCACAUGUGGCAGCUGACGGUUUUACGUAUGAGGCAGAGGCCGUGAGAGGAUGGUUAGACAGCGGCCAUGACACUUCGCCAAUGACAAACCUGGCACUUGCCCACAAAAAUCUUGUCCCCAACCUCGCUCUUCGAUCUGCAAUUCAGGAGUGGCUGCAACAGAAUUGAACAACUUAUAUUUUAGUUCUACAUAUACUCCAUAGUAGACUUCUGAGUUAAAAGAAAAAAAAAAAA